AAGAGAAAUAGCCUUGUAGUUACUAAACAUCUUAAACAUGAUUGCUAAGUAAAAUUUGUGUGUUGACAUACAUUUUUUAAAUUACGGAGAUCGCAUUAUGGCUGACCCUCUAAGUUUUCUUAGACAGUAUAAUGUCAACAAGAAACCCAUUACUGAAAGGAAUAAUCAGAUUAUAUUUGGAGAAUACUCGUGGCCAAAAACAGUUAAAACCAAUUACCUCGUAUGGGGGGCAGGAAAAGAUGGAACUGCUAAGGAAUAUUACACUUUAGAGUGUUUGUUAUUUUUGUUGAAAAAUGUACACUUGUCUCAUCCUGUAUAUGUUAGGCAAGCUGCUACUGAAAACAUACCUGUAGUGAGACGUCCUGACAGAAAGGAACUACUUGCAUACUUAAAUGGAGAAACAAGUACUUCUGCCAGCAUUGACAAAAGUGCUCCUAUUGAGAUACCAUCCACAGUUAAGCAUGUUUAUGAAGAACAGAAUCAACAAGAAGCUGUCAAAAAACCUCGCCUUGAAGAGGGUGAAGUUCAAAGAGCAAAAGAUCAACUUGCAGCAAGGCUUGAUGCACCAAAGGAAUCCUCUGUAUUAACAGAAAAUAUUAAAUCCCUGUCUGACGCUAUGUCUGUUGAGAUGAUAGCAGCCAUCAAAGCAAAACGUUUAGCCAAAAAGAGAUCAACCAUUAAAGGUGAUGAUGAUGUGCCUCCAAAUUACAAUGAAAUUCAGAGAAUUCUCGACUAUGAUGUUGAUGUUACCCGUGAUAUUGUUAGUAGAGAAAGACAGUGGAGGACACGUACAACUAUAUUACAGAGUACAGGAAAGGUAAUUUUUAAUUCAAAU